AUGGGUUUGGCAGCAGCCCAUAUGGCAUCAAUGGCUAGCUUGCCCAGCACAGAAGCCGCAUCACCUGCGGUAGACAUUCAGGCGACGGCGACCACUCCCGACAGCACGUUACAGCAGCAGCUCAACAGCCCCAUGAUCGUUGGUGCUCCCGUACAACUAGAACACCAACUAACCGACCUCGCCUUCGCGGUCGAUACCGGCUGGAUAAUCCUCUGCGGUGCUUUGGUGUUCACCAUGCAAGCGGGGUUCACGUUUCUCGAAGCCGGGUUCGUGAAGAAACGCAACAUUCAGUCCAUUCUGAUGAAGAACCUGAUUGACGCCGCCAUGGCCGGGAUCGCGUGGUAUCUGCUCGGGUACGGCAUCGCGUUUGGGGAAGAGUACGACUUUGGAUCGCAGCGCAGCACUGCAGGAGGUGCUUCAGUCUCACCUCCGACGACAUCAAUGACCCUAACCGGGUUUUUCGGCAGCACUCUUUUCCUCCCCUCCAGCCAGGAUUUCGAGCAACAUGGGGGCUCCUACACGGAUUUUUUCUUCCAGUACACCUUUUGCGCCACUGCGGCAACCAUAGUGUCCGGCGGAGUCGCGGAACGGUGCAAGCUGCAGGGCUUUGCCGCGAUCUCGUUUUUGCUAACCUUGCUGUUCUACCCGACGGUGGUUCACUGGACGUGGGGCGGCGGCUGGCUGAAACAGAUCGGGUUCACGGACUUUGCGGGAAGCGGAAUCGUGCACAUGUUCGGCGGGUUUGCGGCCUUGGUUGGCGCAGUUGCGUGCGGACCAAGGCACGGACGGUUCUUUCCGUCGAACGGUUCCGCGGCCGUGCUGGACAAUGCUAAUUCAUCAAGUACUAGACCGGCAGACCAUAGUCUAGGUCAGGAGCUCCUCCAAAGAAAAAUCAGAGGAGGUGUAGGUGGGAGUAAUAGUCAAAGACGUGAUCAUGCUGCAAGUCAAAUCUCUAUCUCCUCUAGAAGUAGCCGUGCUCUCACGACCACAGUGCAACCACCACCAACAGAAGUUGAUGACUUCGCCCCCACAAACAUGCUUUACAUCUGUGUGGGCAGCUUCAUCCUCUGGUUCGGGUGGUACGGCUUCAAUGCAGGCUCGACGAACGGACUCACAAACGGGAAGGCCGUGACUGCCGCCCGCGUCGCGACCAACACGGCGACCGCUGCGGCCUUUGGGACGGUGUCGAGCUUCUUGGUCAAUUUCAUUCGCGUGAAAAAAUUCGACAUCGCGGCCUUCGCCAACGGCAUGCUGGGCGGCCUCGUUGGCAUCACCGCUGGCUGCGCCAGUGUGGAUCUGUGGGACAGCAUGGUGAUCGGGAUCAUAUCAGGUGUCGUUGUGGAGUUCGCUACUGUACUUUUAUUGACACUGGAGAUCGACGACCCCGUCGCUGCUUUUCCGGUGCACGGGGCUUGUGGCAUUUGGGGCCUGCUCGCGGUUGGGCUUUUCGACGAAAAAAAGGGGUUCUUCAAGACUGCAACCGCGAAUACGCCUCCAAGCACCGCUUUACUUCACGCGCAGGUUAUCGGGCUUUUUGCGAUCACCAUUUGGGCGGUGGUGACGUGCGGGCUCACUUUUUAUUUGUUGAAGUUCACGGACAACCUUGUGGUGAGUGCGGAGCACCAGCUUUUUGGCAUCGAUCUGGUGGAAUUCACCCUGGAGAGGCGAAGCACCUUGUCGAAGGAACAUGUGCCGGAAAGAAUGAAAAACUUUCGCAUGGACGAGGACCAUGAUCAAGAUUUAGAUUAUCGAUUUACCGCUAUGACGAGCGAUCAUAGGUCACAACAGCUUCGAACUACGCCUGAGGGCACCGAGCGCAGCACCAGCACGCCGCGAGCGUUAUGGCGUGUGAUAGAGAUGCCGCCAAGGGCUGUGGGACGAGGCCCGGCGGAUAUAGGGGCGAAGGCGACUUUUGUGAAUCUUGAUUUGGGCCGUGGGAGAUCACCAGUCAUGGAUGAAAGGGAGCGGCCGCUGUUGGAGAAAGAAGGGAGGCCAAAGCGCGGGCUGAAUGGGAGUAACAGCGUCAGGACGCCAAUGCAGACACUGCAGCAGGAUUCGAUACCAUCACCCUCACCGCGAAUAGCGCGCCCCCAGAAAAGUCCCAGGGAAAAGGAAAAGGGAUGGAAAAUGUAGGGGUAAUGCGAGUACUAAUUCCAAGUGCAAGUGUCACCG